AUGUUUUCUCACGCAGGCCACGGGGACAGCAACAGCCGCAACAUCCCCACUCUGGUCAAAGACAUCAGCAACGUUGGAGAGGUGUCCUGUGGAAGCUCCCACACCAUCGCCCUGUCUAAAGAUGGACGCACCGUUUGGUCCUUUGGAGGAGGCGACAAUGGAAAACUGGGACAUGGAGAUACCAACAGAGUCUACAAGCCCAAAGUGGUGGAGGCCCUGCAGGGGAUGUUCAUCAGGAAAGUUUGUGCAGGAAGUCAGUCGUCUCUGGCGCUCACCUCCACCGGACAG